AAGAUUUAAAUGGCCCCUCUCUCUCUAUCUCUCUCUCUAGAUCAAGUUGUUCCUCUCCUCUGGAAGAAGGCCGAGCAGAGUCCCUCCGUCGUCUCACGAAAGUUUCGGCGAUUGAUUUGCAGCACUGAAUGCCUCCGAUCCCGAUUCCAUCCAUUCUGCAAUUCCGAGUUUCAAGAUCUGAUCUGGAAGACAGACAAGUGUGUGGUGGUGAUUCUAUGUGGAGAGGGAAACUAUAGCUAGUGUCUGAUUUGACGACAUUUAGUAUCUCUCUUUUAACUUCAAUUGUGAGAUCUGAUAAUCUAACUUAAUUUCGAAGAGAGAAACAGUUGAAAUGGAGAAAUCUUGCACGCUGCUUGUUCAUUUUGACAAGGCAACACCGGCACUAGCCAAUGAGAUCAAGGAGGCCUUAGAAGGAAACGACAUUCCCGCUAAGAUAGACGCCUUGAAGAAAGCCAUCAUGCUUUUACUGAACGGCGAAACCAUCCCCCAAUUGUUCAUCACCGUUGUCCGCUAUGUGGUGCCCUCCGAAGACCACACAAUUCAGAAGCUAUUGCUUCUCUACUUUGAGAUCAUUGAAAAAACCGAUUCAAGAGGGAGGGUUCUGCAGGAAAUGAUCUUGAUUUGUCAAAACCUGUUGAACAACCUAAACCAUCCUAAUGAGUACAUCCGGGGUGUCACACUCCGAUUUCUUUGUCGGUUGAAGGAAACAGAGGUCAUCGAGCCAUUGAUUCCUACUGUCUUAUUGAAUUUAGAGCAUCGCCACCCUUUUGUUCGGAGGAAUGCAAUUCUUGCUGUGAUGUCAAUAUACAAGCUUCCUCAAGGGGAACAGUUACUGGAUAAUGCUCCUGAUUUGAUUGAGAAAUUGCUUUCAACAGAACAAGAUGCAUCAGCCAAGCGAAAUGCAUUCCUUAUGUUGUUCACGUCUGCCCAAGACAAGGCAGUUAAUUAUCUUUUCACCCACAUUGACAGAAUCAACGACUGGGGUGAACAGCUUCAGAUGGUGGUGUUAGAAUUAAUUCGUAAGGUCUGUAGAGUAAACAAGGGAGAGAAGGGGAAGUACAUCAAGAUUAUAAUAUCUUUGCUCAAUGCCCCAUCAGCAGCAGUAGUUUAUGAAUGUGCUGGAACUCUUGUUUCUCUAUCCUCAGCUCCCACGGCAAUCAGAGCUGCUGCAAAUACAUACUGUCAGCUGCUGCUCUCACAAAGUGACAACAAUGUUAAGCUUAUUGUUCUUGACCGGCUCAAUGAGCUUAAGUCUUCACAUAGAGAGAUUAUGGUUGAUUUGAUAAUGGAUGUUCUUAGAGCACUUUCAAGCCCAAAUCUUGAUAUUCGUAGGAAAACUAUUGACAUUGUUCUGGAAUUGAUAACUCCAAGGAAUGUUGAUGAAGUUGUUCUUAUGCUAAAGAAAGAAGUUGUGAAGACUCAGAAUGUGGAGCUUGAGAAAAAUGGAGAAUAUAGGCAAAUGCUCGUUCAGGCUAUUCAUUCUUGUGCAAUCAAAUUUCCUGAGGUGGCGAGCACAGUUGUACAUCUUCUGAUGGAUUUCUUGGGAGACAGCAAUGUUGCUUCGGCUAUGGAUGUGGUGGUCUUUGUGCGGGAGAUAAUCGAAACAAACCCAAAAUUAAGGGUAUCUAUAAUAACAAGGCUUUUGGACACUUUCUAUCAAAUCCGGGCUGCCCGUGUGUGUUCUUGUGCUCUUUGGAUUAUUGGUGAGUACUGUCUUUCACUUUCUGAAGUUGAAAAUGGAAUUUCAACUAUUAAGCAUUGCCUUGGAGAGCUCCCUUUCUAUACACCUACUGAGGAUGGAGAGGCUCCAGACACUUCAAGGAAUUCUCAGCAGGCAAACUCCAUCACAGUUUCUUCUAGAAGGCCUGCAAUCCUUGCAGAUGGAACCUAUGCCACCCAGAGUGCAGCCCUGGAAACUGCCAUGUCUCCUCCGACGCUUGUUCAGGGAUCAUUGGCAUCUGUUGGAAAUUUGAGAUCGCUGAUUCUUUCUGGUGAUUUUUUUCUAGGUGCAGUUGUGGCAUGCACAUUGACAAAACUUGUUUUGAGAUUAGAAGAGGUUCAGCCAUCUAAAUUUGAAGUGAACAAGGCUACUACCCAGGCCUUGUUGAUUAUGGUCUCUAUGCUGCAACUGGGUCUUUCUUCGUUUCUUCCACAUCCAAUUGACAAUGAUUCUCAUGAUAGGAUUGCCCUAUGCAUCAGAUUGCUCUGCAAUACUGGUGGUGAGGUAAGGAAUAUAUGGUUGCAGUCCUGCCGAGAGAGUUUUGUAAAAAUGCUUGCUGAUAAGCAGUUCCGUGAAACCGAGGAAAUUAAAGCAAGGGCUCAUAUAUCCAAUGCCCAGCCUGAUGACCUUAUUGACUUUUACCACUUGAAGAGCAGGAAGGGUAUGAGCCAGCUUGAAUUGGAAGAUGAGGUGCAGGAUGAUCUAAAACGUGCCACUGGAGAGUUCAUGAAAGAUGGCGAUGAUGCAAAUAAACUUAAUCGCAUUCUUCAGCUUACAGGAUUUAGCGAUCCUGUUUAUGCUGAAGCAUAUGUGACAGUUCAUCAUUAUGACAUUGUCCUUGAUGUUACGGUCAUCAACCGCACAAAGGAAACUCUCCAGAAUCUGUGCUUGGAGUUGGCAACUAUGGGCGAUCUUAAACUUGUGGAGCGCCCACAAAACUACACACUAGCACCUGAAUCAAGCAAGCAGAUACGGGCCAACAUUAAGGUUUCUUCAACUGAAACCGGAGUUAUAUUUGGGAAUAUUGUGUAUGAAACUUCAAAUGUGCUCGAGCGAAAUGUUAUUGUCCUCAAUGACAUUCACAUUGAUAUAAUGGAUUACAUUUCUCCUGCAACGUGUGCUGAUGUGGCUUUUAGAACUAUGUGGGCUGAAUUCGAGUGGGAAAACAAGGUUGCUGUAAACACUGUCAUUCAAGAUGAGAAGGAAUUUUUAAACCAUGUCAUCAGGUCCACAAAUAUGAAGUGCCUAACUCCACCGUCGGCACUGGAAGAUGAGUGUGGAUUCCUAGCUGCCAACCUCUAUGCAAAAAGUAUCUUCGGGGAGGAUGCUUUGGUAAAUGUGAGCGUUGAGAAACAAGCCGAUGGGAAGCUGAGCGGGUACAUCAGAAUAAGGAGCAAGACUCAAGGCAUUGCUCUCAGCCUCGGAGAUAAGAUUACUCUUAAACAGAAGGGCGGCAGUUGAAUUGGCUAAUUCCCCUCAUUUUUGAUAGUUCCCCCCCCCCCCCCCCCCCCCCCCCCGCUUUCUUUCUCUUGAUAUUUUACCAAAUCCUGUUGGUACUAGUGAGAGGUUCAAUUUGUAACCUUUUUAUCACCCCUGUUUGUGUCUUCGCAUUCCCUUUUGGACAAAUAGGAAAAGAAAUCUACUCGAUUGUAUCUCGCGAACAGAUUACAUUUCUGCAAAUUCACAGUAUCUUUGCGCUUUCAUAGUUUGAA